CGUGCUGAUAGCCUGCGUACAUUUGGCGCGCUGAUUUCGGUUGGUGACUGGAGGUUGCCUAAGGGAAUAAAAGUAAACAGCAUUUCAAAAUCUUGUACAACAGAGUUAUUUCUCCUUGUUGAUAGGCCUUCACCAAACCAGCCAUAAUCAGGAUUUAUAUUUCGUUUGGCUAUAUGUUAUAUGUUGACUAGUCAAAACUCAAGUGAUGACUAUACAGAUAACUAUAUGUUGACUAGUCAAAACUCAAGUGAUGACUAUACAGAUAACUUUUAAUCACAAGAACAAAAAGUUUUGUUUUAAAAUGUGCAAGCAUUAAAAUUCAAGAAAUAAUUGGAACUUUCUUUGAUUGACACCGUUACAUGUUGUUUUCUCUGGAUGUGAGCUCAGAAGAAUGUAAAAACAUGCCAAAUGGCUUAAUAUAUUUUUUUUUUCGCCAAGGAUCGUUAAAAAUCUGACUCAGAUAAUAUCCGGAGUGUGCCACUGGUGCGUGCUACAUUUAGCAGAUUCCAUCGUCUUGUGUUGAGCAAUCGAGAUCCCAGUUGGCAAGAUUAUCACCUUAGCGACAACUAACUGGCCAUGUUUUGUGCCGCUCAAUAAUCAAACACGACCUUUUCAUUUUUUUUUUCAAAUCGAAGAACUCCACACCUCACUCUCUCAUCGUCCGCAGGCCAGCAGUAGGGUCCAUUGAAUCCCAGUGUCCUGCUGUAGCACAGUAGGCUAACAGGCCGAUACUUGCGGGCUUUCUGGGUCGACCGGAACCAGUGUCUGACAUGCUAUUCUGAGAAGAAAUAAACGGGUUGUUUUACAACGAGUGCUCCCGUAUCUACCUGUCUGAUAGUGUCCUUUGAAGUCAGUAGCGGAACAGCACAAUAACGGAGAUAGUUCAUAUUAUAUAAGAUGUCUCGCAGGAAACAAGCCAGGCCGAAAUCCUGUAAAUCUGAAGAGUUAAAUGACCAAGAUGAGACAACUCUGCUCACAACAGCAGCAGCCGAUGUUGACAUCACCAAGGAGAUUUCAGAAAGCCAAGAACAGCUCAGUGAAGUCCCAGUUCACCAACCUUUGGACAGUGACGUCAGUCUAAGUUCAACCGUAAAUACUAAGACGGGUACAGAUCCGAUCCCCAGCCAAGCAGAUCCGAAGUCUGUGGAAGACGCUUCGAAGUCUAAAGUGAUGCGGUGUGAGACAUGCAACGCGGUGUUCGACAGUCUUGACCAGUUCAUGGAUCACCGCAAUUUUGAGUGUGGGGCUGACCUAGAUACAAAAGGUAACUGGUUACUGAGUGAGACCAACUCCACACGCUCUGCCUCACCCUCCUCUCAGUCCACUUCCUCAGUAGAUGCGAGUACAGGGGGUGCAACUGACCCAGAACUCGAUAGCCUUGAUCCUAAACAUGUACCAUUUGUUAUUGGUGUUACUGAUGACAACCCACAUAAUUGUCAGUUCUGUGAGAAGUCGUUUGCCAAAAAAGCAUAUCUCAAGUUACAUCAACAGACUCAUACUGCACACAUGCCCUACAAGUGCCACCAUUGUCCCAGAUUGUUCAGACACAAAAAAAGUCGAGAGAGGCAUGAGAAACUUCAUUCUUCAGACAGGAAGUACAAGUGUCAAACUUGUGGUGUUGGGUAUUCCAGAAGUGAUCAUUUGAGAAAUCAUAUUAAAAGUCAUGACUUGAUGGAGAAUGAUGAAGGAUACAAGUGUCCCAUUUGUCAACAAAGCUACAUGUCUGCAUCAGCACUGACCAACCAUAUGAAAACUCAUAAACAGAAGUUUUCAAGUUCAGAAGAUCAUACUUGUUUGGAAUGUAGUCAAAUAUUUCAUUCUGCUGAAGAGCUUCAGACUCAUCUGUUAACCCACACCACUGACCAGUACCUGACCAACAAAAUGACCACAAUCAAAAUGGAAAGAUUUGAAUGUGACAUUUGCCAAGAAGUUUUUUUCACUCAAGGGGAUCUAACAUCACACACAGAGCAACAGCAUGGACAAAAUGCAGAGCUCAAGUGCCCUAUUUGCUUUAGUGGCUUCACAGACAUGGAUCUGAUGUGUCAGCACAUCAUGUCCCAUAACUCUGUCAACACAGCAGAAGUAGAUGAUGGUGGAACUGCAGGAAUUAUGCAGAGCAUUCUCAAUGACAAUAGCAAUUUGACAAAAGAGGAUAUUUCUAUGGAGUCUGUGUGUUCCAGUAUCAUGUCUGGCACCAAGUCCAGUGUUACGCCAGGCAGUAGUUCUGAAGCUCUUCUUUGCCCCUAUUGUCUUGUGGAUGGCUUUGAGUCUUUGGAAAGUCUGGAGCUUCACUUAACCAGUGUACACAGCGUUAAACCAACUGAGGUCUACACGUGUAAUUAUUGCAAUGCUCCUUAUCCCAAUCUCUAUAGUUUGCAUGACCACAUGACCGUGGUCCACCGCAGCCAGCAUGGACUGGACAUCACUUACCCAUGUAGCAUGUGUGUUCAGAGAUUUCACAGUCUUGAUGCACUAGCCAAACAUAAAGGCAUUGUACAUGCUCAGCAAAGGUCUACUGGGAUAGAUGCUGCAUUUUGUAACAGAUGUAACAUGACUCUUGCAAGUCCCGGGUCACUGGAGGAACACAUGGCCACUGUCCACAACAUUAUCAUGGAGAAACAUCCCAAGUCUUUCAAGAGCAAAGGGAAAAAAUCAUCUAUGAAGCUGUUGAAAAGCAAAGACCAGCAGAGUUCGAGCUUGCAAGUAGACAAGAGCUUGACCACAUCUUCCAUGCUUAUGUCCUCACUUAGUGCUGGGACUCCUGACAGGCUCGUGACCCCCAAGUCCAAUAAAUCGUCUCCACUUGGCAAACAUCUGAAUUCAGAGUCUCUUUACUCCAAUCAAACCAACAUGUCCAGCAGUAUAACUUGUGAUCACUGCAAUGCCACAUUUCAUGAUGCACAGAACUUCAUUGCUCACACUGCUUUACAUUCAGAAAGUCUACUAAAUAUGGCGCUAGCCAGGAACACGAGCUGUGACCUAAAAAGUUCACGAGAAGUCAAUGAUAUAGAUAUAAGUGGCAGAAUCAGCAGCCAAUCAGUACAAAGUCAAAACGUUGGUACAAAAGUGAAUGAGUGUCUCAAGUGUGGAGCUAACUUCAGUACAGAAGAGCAGCUGGAGGCUCAUGCAUCGUUGCAUUACUUGUGUGUCAGCACAGAGUAUGGCUGUAGCAGUUGCAUUAAGAACUUCUCCAAGCCCGAUGAACUCCAGAAACAUUUGAUGGACAUUCACGCUCACCAUUUGUAUCGCUGCUCAUUGUGUAAAGAUAUCUUUGAUUCCAAGGUCAACAUUCAGGUUCACUUUGCUAUCAAACAUAGCAAUGAAUGCAAACAGUACAAGUGUGUCUCCUGUGACAUUAUGUUCAGAUCAGAAAUGGAGUGGCAGGUUCAUGUCAGGGUUAAUCAUUUGCAUAUGUCAAGGCCAUACCGGUGUUUGUUUUGUCAGGAGUCAUUCACUAGUGAGGUGGAGUUACAAUGUCAUUUGACUACACAUAGCAAACAGUUUAAUUGUCCAAUGUGUGACCAGGCCUUCCAUAUUGAAUACUUGCUGGAUCAACACAUGCAAACCAAACAUGGUGACACUAAGCCAGAGUUACGGAACAAGGCAUCACCAUCAGGAAUGGGAAUAAACUCUCAUCACUCAUCUGCAGUAUCCCCAUAUAGAAAUGUUAGCAUUAAGCAAGAAAAAGAAGAGAACUCAAACCCGUUUCAAAAUCCCAUUCACAGUUCCUCCUCUUCGUCUUCUUCCUCAUGUUCCCCGAGAAUCAUCUUAAAGUCUCCCGUGGCACCAUCUCCCCUCAAGCAGCCGAGACUUGUUAGUCCGCAGACCCCUACCCCUUCCAUAUCCCCCCUCAGUAUGUCUGCCUGCAUGGCAACUGCCCCGGUGUCAGCCAUCUGGAAGAACACGGAACCACUGCACAUGUGUAAUAUCUGUGAUAUUAAGUUUUGUGACAUGGCCUUGUUGAAUCUACACAAGGCUCAAGAUCAUGGCUUGAAGUCUGUUGCCAAACCAACAGUAUCUGAGAGAGACUAUGCCUUGAAGAAUGAGCAUGAGAAACUGCUGCUCAACAAUCAAACCUUGCUUAAUGCUCUGACCAGCCCACCAUCUCCGAUCACGCUGGCUCAGUCUCCAUCAACAUUGACCCAGAGCCCCCUCUCAUGUAUGUUCUGCAGCCAGACCUUCAAGACUAGCAUAGAGUACAACAAGCACAUGAAGAUCCAUGUCAACUCGGGCAAUCUGACCUGCAGCAUCUGUGAUGAGACUUUCAGCUCUGCCAGCAUCUUGGCCGAGCACAAGCUGACCCACUGUAAGAUCCAGCAGGGGAACACUUGUGUGGUGUGCCGCCUCACACUAACCAAUCAGGAGCAGUUUUACAUUCACUCUCAAGAGCAUGGGUUUGAAGGAUCAUUGCUUCAAUGUGUUAUAUGUAGACAGUCCUUGUCUUCGUUGGUGGAGCUCCAGAUGCAUGGCCGCCAUCAUUUUCAGACUCGACCUUCAUUUUUCACUUGCUGUGUUUGUUUGAAAAGUUUUGAAUCAAAGGAAAACUUGGUUUCCAAACUCAACUCCAGUGGCAGAACUUACUAUGUGUGUAAACCAUGUUACCACGGAGAAGCCCCAUUACACACCUGCUCACAGUGUAGUGAGAAAUUUGCUACUGGGCAAUUGCUGGAGGCUCACAUGCAGACACAUCAAGCAACCUUUCAAUGCAUUAAAUGUCAGCAAUCUUUCUCUUCUGAAUAUGAGAUUCAGCUUCAUGUCACAACUCAUAUGCUGACAGAAGGCACCCAGCAUGAGUGUCGUCUCUGUGGAGCAUUACAUGACUCACCUGCUCGCCUUCAAACUCAUCUCAUACAGCACAGUUUCAUAGGGAAAGAAAUUGUUUGCUUUGUCUGCAACAAGAUGUUUGAAUCCCCUCAAGAGAUCCAGGUCCAUGCAUUGGAACACGGGGCCGCGUUUAGAAAGUAUGCAUGCUCUCAUUGUUCACAGAAGUUCUUCUUCACAGCGGAGCUAGACAAUCAUAAGCUGAUCUACAAUCAUGGGAUAGUUUCAGCAUCGCCAUCUUCUUUGUCGUCACCCUCGCAAUUAUCACUGACUUCUUCUUCAGCAGCAGCAUUGUCAAUGGCUACAUUGGCCUCAUUCCUAUCUUCAUCCCCAUUGCUGAAGUCUCCAGAAUCAGCCUCGUCACUAUUGUUGCAAGGAAGUACUAAAAAGAAAAUGGAGGGUCACUCUAUGCAGUCUCUUGGAUAUGAGAUGUUGUCUGCUUCGAGGAAUGCAUUUAGUUCACCAAAAGUUCAGGAGACACUUGGUAUGCCAGCAGUCUCCUCAUCAAUGAUGUCUUCAGCGUCAGUGUCACUGUCAUCCAAUACCUGCACUGGAUUGCAAUGUCCUGAGUGUCAGAAGUAUUUCUCUACUGGCACAGCCUUGGCUAACCACAGGAAAACACAUUGGAAGAAAGAUUCAAGUAACUCAAUAAGGUGUUCCCUUUGUUCUCAAACAUUCAAUUCAGCCACAGCAAUGCAGCAACACUUCUUCACAGCUCACAGAAUCAAAGAAGACGACUCAAAGAAAAAGAAAAACUUUACCUGUGUAGUGUGUGAGAAAGAAUGCUCCACACUAAGUGCCCUACAGAACCAUAUUUUGUCUCAUAGAACAGGAGGCUCUCUCCCUUGCUCAGUCUGUAAAAAAACCUUUACAUCACAGAGAUAUCUCAGUCUACAUAUGCGGGUUCAUAAAAUGCCAGACAAAAAAGCAGACAAAGAAAAGGCUGCUGAUUCUAAAACUACUGUAGAGUUGGAUAUUGAGACAAAAGAAACCAAGAAAAACCCAGAUUUAGAUCUGCUGUGUCCUGUGUGCAGCCAGAGCUUUGCUUCAACUCAAGAAAUCGAUGAACAUAUUAAAACACAUGAGGAAGUUUUUACAACUGUAGGCAGUGUUGAUAAAUCUCUGGAGGAACAUUCAAUAGAAGACACUGAUGUCAAUAUGAUAGAUUUGGAGGACAGAUAGAAACACCCAACGCACGAGACUAUUUUUAUAUCAAUAAUUACAGAGUAACAAAAAAAGUUAUAACCUAGCGCUCUAUGGGAUCAGAUGACGUAACAUCCAUCUGUUUCUAUGGCUGAUGGUUAACGAGGGUGUUAUGUGUCCAGCACAAUGAUUAACUGCCCUUACUAACCUAAUGUAUGUCAGAUACCCAUUAGAGUUGGGUGGACUCUGGGAUGUCCUAAAAAUUCCAAAUCAAAUUCCCAGUCUUCAUCAAGAUUUAAACUCAAGCUCUUCAGUCCAGAAGCCAAAGGGCUUAACCACUCAAGCGCCACACAGAGAAUUCACUGAGACCAGGCUGAUCUAAAGAUCUGAGCCCAAAGUCUAUUGCAAUACACAUUUGUUUUGAACUUUAAUACAGUGUAUGCUAUUGUAUUCUUAUGCAGCUGGGUGCAUUAACUUUUGAACUUGUCCAUAUUGGAUGCUUUUUUAAAAAUAAUGUAUAUAUAAAUAUUUAUUGUAUUUGUGAUAAAAAAAAGCUCAAGUCUAUUAAAAAUGUUCAAAAAAAAAAAGUUUUUAUUUUGUUUUUCACAAUGACCAUAAAUAAUAUUUAGAACAAAAAGCAUACAACAAAUAUAAAAUUAUUUUCAAUUCAUUUUUCUUUGUAACUAAAAAAUCAAAAUGCCUAAACAAAAGAACCAAGGAGCCAAUAAACAAACAUUAAAGUAAAUUACAAGUUUACAGAAGACAAAAUAGCUAGAAAGCUUUUUC